AUGAUUACAGAUGUUUCGGCAGGGCAGGAUGUAUACAUUCAAUUCUCUGUGAAGACCUUGCUGGAAAAAUAUACCACAGAGCCCAUCGAUGACUCGUCAGAGGAGUUUGUGAAUUUCGCCGCCAUCUUGGAACACAUUCUCAGCCAUCGUUUCAAAGGGGACCACGGUCCUGUCAGCUGGUUCAGCUCCGAUGGGCAACGUGGCUUCUGGGAUUAUAUCCGCUUGGCCUGUAGCAAGGUCCCAAAUAACUGUGUCAGUAGCAUUGAAAACAUGGAGAACAUCAGCACCUCCAGAGCCAAGGGGCGCGCAUGGAUCCGUGUGGCUCUAAUGGAGAAGCGCAUGUCCGAGUACAUUGCCACAGCACUGCGGGACACCAGAACCACCAGAAGAUUCUACGACGACGGGGCAAUUAUGCUAAGAGAAGAAUCCACAGUCCUCACAGGGAUGCUGAUUGGCCUCAGUGCCAUCGACUUCAGUUUCUGCUUGAAAGGCGAAAUCAUGGAUGGCAAGACACCCGUGGUCAUUGACUAUACUCCGUACCUGAAGUUUACACAGAGCUACGAUUACUUCAGUGAAGAGGAGGAACGGCACAGCUUGGAGAGCAGCACCAGCGAAGACAGCUCCCCCGAACACCCCUACGUGCCCCUGAUGGCCGUGGAAGACAGCUGGUACAACAAGUGGCGGAAAAUGGAGCAGAAGUUCCGCAUUGUGUAUGCGCAAAAGGGCUACCUAGAGGAGCUCGUUCGGCUCAGAGAGUCCCAGCUGAAGGACCUGGAGGCGGAGAACAAGCGACUGCAGUUGAGGCUGGAGGAGGUGAAGGUGCAGAACCAGCUUGAGAAACGAGAGCUGGAGGGCGUCAUCCUGGAACUGCAAGAGCAGCUGACGGGCCUGAUCCCCUCCGACAACAGCCAGUUUACCCAACUCUCCAAGGAAUUGGCUGCGCCCUUGGUGAACCAGUGGCCCUCCCUGGGCACCCUGAACGGCAACGAAGGUCGCUUGGAAGCCAAAAUGUACAGAAGGCACAGCUUCAUGAGCACCGACCAGCUCUCCGCAGAGAUCAGCCUGAGCUCCGAUUCGCAACGACUGGGCGAGGGGAAGCGCGAAGGAGAGCCCUGGGGACCCCUGGGGAAGGACCCGACUCCGUCGAUGCUGGGCCUCUGCGGCUCCCUGGCCUCCCUGCCCAGCUGCAAGUCCUUGGCCAGCCUCAAGUCCAACGAAUGCCUGGUGAGCGACAGCCUCGAACCCAGCCCCGCGCACAGCCCCAGCUGAGAUGCCCGGGAUGCUGCGGUCUGACCAACCAUGCAAGACACCCAAGGGGGAGCAGAGGUCGCUGGCAGGCAGAACGGACAACUGACCAUCCCUUUCACUCGAGGGCUGAAGUUGGGGGGAAGGGGGCACA